UAAUGGUUUGGAUCUACGGCGGAGCCUAUCAGAUUGGCGAGGCUACGCGAGAUCUUUAUGCGCCGGAUUAUUUCAUGGAGCGAGAUGUCGUACUGGUAACAGUCAACUAUAGACUAGGCGCGCUAGGUUUCCUCUCCUUGAACGAUCCAGAUUUACAAGUACCCGGCAACGCAGGCCUGAAAGAUCAAUUGCUUGCUCUGCGCUGGAUUCAAGAGAACAUCGCCAAUUUCAAUGGCGAUCCAAAUAAUGUCACACUUUUUGGUGAGAGUGCGGGUGCCGCUUCUACACAUCUGCUUAUGCUAGCGCCAAAAGCACAAGGGCUCUUCCAUAAAGCCAUCUUGCAAUCGGGUUCCGCCCUCUGCCCGUGGGUUGAAGCACAACCGAGAGACUGGGCUUUUCGACUUGCCGUCGAGCUGGGAUAUAAGGGUGGAAAUGCCGAUAAAGAAGUAUUUCGUUUCCUCUCGAAUACAAGCGCUUCGAGAAUUGUAAGCGCACAAAACCGUUUGAUAUUACCGCAAGAAGAACAUGAGCGUAUUAUGUUUGCCUUCACGCCGCUCGUGGAACCAUACGAAAGUGCUGACUGCCUGCUGGCGAAGCCUUUUAAAGAUCUACUCAUUACUGCCUGGAGUAAUGAGAUUCCUGUAAUACUCGGUUCAAAUACGCACGAAGGACUCUUUCAUUAUGCUGAAACUAAGCGCAAACCAUAUUUGGUUAACGAACUAGCUGAUUUCGUGCAUAUGCUGCCAACGGCAGUGAAAGGUGAGCGUGAAGCACAUGAACAAAAAGAGCUGGCGCUACGAAUUAAGGAAGCACAUUUUGGUGAAAAAGUGCCACAUCAUAACGAUACAUUCGAUAAUUACUUAGAAAUGGUGUCUUACAGACAUUUCUUCAGUGACAUUCACCGCACACUUUUGGCUCGUAUGGCCUAUGCUCCCAAUGUACCCACCUACCUCUAUCACUUUGCAUUCGAUUCGCCACAUUUCAAUCAUUAUCGCAUUUUGAAUUGUGGCAAGUCUGUGCGUGGCGUUUCGCAUGCCGAUGAUCUCUCCUACCUCUUCUACAAUGUGAGUGCGGGUAAAUUAUCGUCGCACAGUGAUGAAUUCAAUACAGUUCAACGUAUGACUGGUAUGUGGACAGCAUUUGCUACGACAGGCAAUCCGAAUUGUGAGGAAAUCGCAUCGACCAGCUGGCAACCGGUUGAAGCGAACGAUGCGGAGCGCGCACAACCGAAAUGCCUAAAUAUUGAGGAGGAAGUUGAAUUCAUUACACUUCCACAGGAAAAGCUCAAAGUCUGGGAAAGUUUAUAUACAAACAACAGUUUGUAUUGAGGGAAUCUCUUGCUUAGUUAUCGUUUCUUGCCAGUGCGUUAUUAAUAUAUAUUAUCCGCGUAAAGAAUUUCGUUUACUCUUAAAACUUGUUGUGUUAAAUAUUUUUUAUAAAAUUU